AUGUGCUGUCGGCCGGUUCCCCGCCUAUCGACCUGUGACGUACCUGAUCGCCCGCGUCCGCAUCAACAACAAACCGCUGCAACUGCAACAAUGCACAAUGCACCGCACGUCCACGCCCAGCCGUCACCUUUUCCGCGCUUUUCCCUCGAGCAUGCUAAACAAGUCCAUUUGCUCGACUAA